UCUCCAACCCUUGCCCUGUCUAUGGAGAUGCUGGUGUGUGUGUUUUUUUUCCUUGUUGUGGUCGCUCUGAUCACAUGAGAGCCUACAUGACGUGGAAAGAGGAGCUUUAAAAGCCAGCAUCAACUCUGCAAAGCCGCCCAUCUAUGGCCGUGUUAUUAUACCGAGUGCAGGAAGCAGCCUCUCGAGAGCCGGCAUUGCAUUCCCUUCAAUGACCUUUCUCAUUCCUCGGGCUACUCCAGGAUUUUCAGCUGCAAUUCCGGUGCACUUCAAUUCAUACACUUGAGUGAUUUGUGAUCCUGUUGUAAAGCUACUAAACUUGAAAGUGAGAAGAUGCCUUUCAGUAAUGAGAAACAUUCCUUGAAUGAUGAAUCAUUAAACAGUGACACUGAAUCUUGCGAGCGAUCAGAUAGUGUCAACUCUUCCAGUGACUAUGAAUAUGCUCGACAAAGCUUCAGUAGUGAUUCUUCUAGCAAACCCAGCUCUCCAGCCUCAAGUCCGCCUAAAAUGGUUUCUUUUGACGACCUGAUGGAGACUGCAAAAGGAUUGUCAAAUAUGACUCUGGCUCAUGAAAUAGUCAUGAAUAGCAACUUUCAAAUGAAACAAAUUGACCUUCCUCCACAAAGCUUACAAAGGAAAGUUAAAGAAAUAGUUCACAAAGCAUUCUGGGACUGCCUGGAGGCUCAGUUGAACCAGGAUCCUCCUGAAUACCAUCAUGCCCUUGUACUUUUGGGAGAAAUUAAAGAGAUAUUACUUUCAUUUCUGAUACCUGGUCAAAACAGACUUCGGAACCAGAUCUCCGAGGUCUUGGAUUUAGAUCUAAUCCAACAGCAGGCUGAACACAAUGCUAUUGACAUUCAUAAACUGGCUGCUUAUAUAAUCACAUUAAUGGGAAAGUUCUGUGCCCCGGUUCGGGAUGAUGAUGUCAAAAAAUUAAAAUCGGUUACUGAAAUAGUGCCACUGUUCAGAGAGAUAUUUCAUGUUCUUGAUUUGAUGACGAUGGAUAUGAUCAACUUCACCAUUCAAAAUAUCCGACCGCACAUCCAGCAGUGUUCUGUUGACUAUGAGCGAAGCAAGUUCCAGGAUUUUCUCAACAAACAGCCAAAUGCUCUUGAUUAUACAACUCAGUGGCUAAAGGAGUCUAUUGCUGAAGUUUCAGCCCCUGUGUCCUCCUCAGACACAUCACCCUCUGAUGCUGACAGGAGUUCCAGUCUUUCCCUAAGCCCCUCUUCUGUGCUAAACAAUGGUUAUGUAAAAUUCUUGCAGUGGGACUACGACAAUAAGCCAGUACCUGAGACUCUGAUGACUGAUCGAUCACGUCUCCAAGAACUGCAACAGAAACUGAACCUGCAAAGGCUUGUGGCCUAUAUAAUACUGAUUAUCUACAACAUGGUGGGGGCAACCAUUUCAGGCCUACCUGAGUUUGCAGACAAAUUAAAGCGAGUUAUUAUGGUCUUACUUGAGGGCAUGCAUGACAAAAAUUUCAAUCUUGAAGAAACACUUAAGACCAUAAGUGUAAAGGUUUGUUCUGAAAUAAACCAAUCCUUGACUGAAAGGGGUUACCCUGUGCUUAAUAAUGAAAAUCAGACAAACCUCACAGGUCAGAUCUGCAGCAUUGCGGAAGAGAGCAACCCUGUCCGUACACUUAUCAAUAAUCGUAUUGAACAGUACAUAAGAAACUUGCUCAGCAUUCCAAAUCUGCAGAAGACUGUUUCAGUUGUUCCAGGAGGUCUUGCACCCAUACAAGCUGAACUGGAGGAGAUUGGAUCCCAGUAUGUUUGUAUAAUUAAAUACAACAUACAGGUGUAUGGGCCAUUUUACUCGGGCAUUUUGCGAAAACUGCUGUUCAAUAAUCUAACAUUGGCAGGUACUACAGCAUCACAUUCUCCUUGAGUGGAGAAGGUUAAUAAAUGGGAGCACACACAGUCUGGCUUGCAGUGUUUUUUUUUGUAUUGCAUCUUUGUAUGUUGACUGUAUAGUCUGCUCAUCACUUAAAUGCAUUUAGAUAAUUGCAAAUAUAUAAUUGCAAAUAUAUAAACAUUUACUGUGUUUCAAAGCAAGCCAAUUAUAUCAUAUGAACUUAUUUAAUAUCAUUUGAAACUAAAUUUAUACAUUGUAUCUUUACUAAAUAAUUGCGGCUUCACUAGAUUUUUGAAAAAUUAGUUGUCAGUUUCAAUUUGUGCCCUGAUUUUAAAGAUAAAUUUUAACAGGAUUAUAAAAUUGUUCAGUAUUUUUCUAUUAUGAGAAUCAAAAUAUUGUUUUUUAAUUAAUACUUUUAUAUAUGAUGCCAACUGCAAGAUAUAGUUUGCAAAGACUGAAAAUAAAAUUUGGUUUAAUGACUGAAGGAAGAAUCCAAUGAAAUCCGUUUUCGAUUGAGUGAAGAACUUAAAAUAUCUGCAGCAACUCCUCGCAUUUAUUCAUUGGCCCUCAACAUUUUGCUGUUCACUUUUCUCUAUUUGGGGUUUAAUGGUGCUUGAGGAGCAGGCCUUGGGCUUUACAAUCAGUAGAAACUUGAAGGUAGCUUCAUCAUAAAAUUAUUUUUAAUUGUUAGUUGUAUUCUUAAAUGUAUUUUGCCUGUGUUUAGUUUAGCCUUGUUGCAUAAACUUUUACUCUGUAAAUGUGGUUUCUAGUUUCACUUGCUUGGAACAGGACUUGUAAUGCCAAUUUAAACAUUGGUGUAGAUGUAUUUUCUUCAUUGUAGACUGAUCUGUGCAUGUUUUUUGAUUUAUUUAACAUGAGAUCUAAGCUUGUUGGAACAGUGUUGCGCAACUGUAUUUGUUAAUCUUGUCAUUUGUGUUGCAGACUGCUGACUGUAAAACUGGUGCUAAGUUUACUGUUAACUGACAUGAGCAACCUGUUUUUAAAUCAAGCACUUGUGCUUUUUGCAUUUUACAGUUGUAGGUUUGUAGCCAAUAACUUGCAAAUUUUCGGUAUGUACUUUUUGGUAGGAACUGAGCUCAAGUAAUAUUGGCUGUUGUUCAGCUAUAGCUUUUCUUGGGUAACUUUCCUGACCAAAGCAAAAUGUGCUUUCAUCACCACCCCACCACCAACACUCCCCAUAUAUCCACUGAAUGAACACGUGUAGUUCAUUUAUGUGUGGUCUUUAAGUUUUCAGUAGUGGGCAGAUAAUUCAUAUUUACAAUUUAAAAUCAUUCAAAGCCUUUUUUAAAAGUUGCAAUUCCCUUUACAAUCCAUCUAUAUUCACAGUCUGGAAAUUAAGCACCAGCUUGAUAGUAUGCAGAGAGGAAAAUCAAUCUGCAUGGUUAUACUGCAAGAAUUUAAUUAGAAGAAAUUGAGAUGGAAUCCAUAAUGGGCAUUCAGUUAUACCCACACUUUUUCUUCUCUACACUGUGUCCAAUAUUAACCUAAAUUUAUCCCAUUAUUUGUUGAACCAAACAAAAUUUGAGAUUAGCCCUUAACUUGAUAACAUGACUAGCUUUUAUUGUUGUGCAAAAUAAACAAGUAUAGCUGCAAUUAUGCUUUUGUUUAUCAUACCCCAAAUUCAACUCUGAGGCCAACACUCCUACGGAUUUAUCCAUUACUGGCAAUUGUUUAAGGAACAAAACUCCUGGACAAUGACAUUAAUUUAAAUAGGUGAGAUGGAUACCUGGAAAUGAAAUGCAAGACUUAUUCAGUACCAGUCUGAAGGACAUCUGUAGAGGGAAAGGAAAGCUGAUAAGUCUCAGUCAAAUUGAGAACAAAAGCACAAGAAUUUCCAAAACUGGAUGGGAGAUCAUAGUGCUGUCAUACCAUUUGCUAUACUUCAAGUCUCAUCUCAGUUCUUCUUAGUUGUUGGCAGAACUAAUACUGGAUAAAAAAUGAGGUUAUAUCCAAGUAUGAAGUUUUAUAUUUAAUAAAAUUUUAAAUGAA